CUUCGCGAUCACGAUGGCGGCUCUUCAGGCGCAGAGGUGUGAACGACAUUUCUCGGCCCCCUUCUCAGAUUUCGCGGAGUUUUAUCUAUCGGUGUCUCCUCGGAGUCGAAAGUGUUCGAGCUCUAGUUCAGCAUCAAAAAGGCGACCUUGGCCAACCAACCGAGAAGUAUCCGGUUGCUACUGAAUAUUGGCAUUUCUUUUCUCCUUUUUUCUUUACCUGUGUACCCGGCGACACUCUCGCAGGCUACGUUUAGCGAGAAAUAAUCCCCAGAUAUUCUCCGAUCAGGCUCGUAUAUAAACUGCGAAUUUUGCCCCAGGAUCGUCAAUCCACUACAGCCAAAAUGUACGGCGUAGCUGCACUCGUCGCUUUCACUCUCCUUCGUUCUGCCCGGGGCCAGCAGGUUGGCACCUACACCACAGAAACCCAUCCAUCUCUCACCAUCCAAGAGUGCACGUCUGACGGUAGCUGCACUUCGCAGUCCAAGUCGGUUGUCCUCGACGCGAAUUGGCGCUGGCUCCACAUUACCAGUGGCUACACGAAUUGCUACACUGGCAAUGAGUGGGACACUUCCAUCUGUACUGACGUCGACACAUGUACGUCGAGCUGCGCCCUGGACGGUGCAGACUACUCCGGCACCUACGGUAUCACCACCGACGAUGAUGCGCUUACUCUGAAGUUUGUCACUGGCUCUAAUAUUGGCAGCCGUGUCUACCUUCUCGACGACGAGGACACCUACCAGAUGUUCAACUUGAAGAACAAGGAGUUUACCUUCGACGUCGACAUGUCGACUCUCCCUUGCGGCCUCAACGGUGCUCUGUACUUUGUGGAGAUGGAUGCUGAUGGUGGAACGUCGGAAUACUCCACAAACAAGGCUGGUGCCAAGUACGGAACUGGUUACUGCGACACACAGUGUCCUCAUGACCUCAAGUUCAUCAACGGGGAGGCCAAUAUUCUCGACUGGACUCCUUCCACCAAUGACUCCAACUCCGGAACUGGCUACUACGGCUCGUGCUGUAAUGAGAUGGAUGUCUGGGAAGCCAACUCCCAGGCGGCCGCCUACACCCCUCACGUUUGCAGUAUCUCCGGGCAGCAGCGCUGCAACGGCACUGAUUGCGGUGAUGGUGACGAGAGGUACGAUGGAGUGUGUGACAAAGACGGAUGCGAUUUCAACUCAUACCGCAUGGGAAACGAGACUUUCCUCGGCACUGGCCUGACCGUCGAUACCAGCUCCACGUUCACCGUCGUUACUCAAUUCAUCACCUCCGACAACACGACUUCCGGCGACCUCGUCGAAAUCCGGCGCAUUUACGUUCAGAACGGUGAAGUUAUCCAAAACUCCGCUACGAACAUCGACGGCAUGGACUCGUACAACUCCAUCACAGACGACUUCUGCACCGCCCAGAAGACCGCCUUCGGUGACACCGACUCCUUCGCCAGCCGUGGUGGAUUAGCGGUCAUGGGUGAUGCCUUUGAGUCUGGCAUGGCUUUGGUUAUGAGUGUCUGGGAUGACCACACUGCCAACAUGUUGUGGCUUGACAGUGACUACCCUACCGAUACUGAUGCCUCCGACCCUGGUGUCGCCCGUGGAUCUUGCUCUACAAGCUCUGGCGUACCAUCUGAUGUCGAAUCGUCGGCCGCCAGCUCCUAUGUCGUUUUCUCGAACAUCAAGUACGGUGAUCUUGGGUCGACCUUCAGCAGCUCAUAAAUGCAAAUCGUCGAUGUUUGACUUUGGCUGCUUUUCGUUUUUAUUUCUUCGAACCGUUCAUGGCUAUUUUCACGUUCCUUUAUUCCCUUUUCCCCAUCUCAGCUGGUCUGAUCGAUUGUGAGUUAUGAUUCUUGCACAUUGUUAUAAAGGACAAAGGCGCUUGAUACAUGCCAAAACCACUCAGAUAUAGUAAAUUCUACAUUGUAGAAACGAAUAAAAGUCUUUUUACU